UUGUCCCCGCUGCCACUCCCCCCGCAUGUUCCGACUCCUACACCGCCCGCCUUGUCCUCCACUGCGCCACCACCAUCGCUAUCCAGUUCCCAUUCCUGCCUGCCCGGCUUCGAUCGAUCACUCGGCGCGCACCAUCACGACGCACGCCGCACGCGCCGCCCAGAGCUGUGCCUGCGCGUGAACUAAGCGGCCGUCGGUGCAUGCGCGGGGAUAGACAUGGACACGCCGACGUCGUCGACGUGGGAGGAGGGCUCGCAGUCCGACUACGCCGACCUCGACGACGAUGACAUGCCCCUCGACCAUCAGCGCGGCAGCGUGCUGCGGGCGCUGAACCUCCGCCGCGACGACGAGCACGACGAUGACGCCGCCUCCGACGUGUCGUCCGAGUGCAGCGGGGAGCCCGGGAGCCCGUACGGGUCGCCGUACCCGCGCUGGCCGGUCUGCAAGCUGGCGGCGCGGAUGCCGCCGCCGGCGCCGCUGCUGCAGAGGCUCGGCACGGAGGCGCGCCGCGGCGGCGCGCGUGACCGCAAGGCCGGUUGCACCGAGUUGCAGCUGAUGAAGGAGAGGUUCUCGAAGCUCCUGCUCGGGGAGGACAUGUCCGGCGGCGGCAAGGGUGUCUCCACCGCCGCCGCCAUCUCUAACGCCAUCACCAACCUCUACGCGACCGUUUUCGGGAGCUGCCACAGGCUGGAGCCGCUGCCGGUGGAGAAGAAGUCGAUGUGGCGGCGGGAGAUGGACUGCCUGCUCUCCGUCUGCGACUACAUCGUCGAGUUCUUCCCGUCCAAGGACAUCCUGCCCGACGGCACGACCCGAGAGGUGAUGGCGACCAGGCCGAGAUCCGACAUCUACGUCAACCUCCCGGCGCUCGAGAAGCUCGACGACAUGCUGCUCGAGAUCCUGGACGGCUUCCAGAAGACGGAAUUCUGGUACCUCAACGACAAGGCGCACAAGGACAGCUGCGACGACUCGGCGCCCUGCCGUCCGGCGAGCCACCGCGGCGAGGAGCGGUGGUGGCUACCGGUGCCGUGCGUCACCAAGUCCGGGCUCACGGAGCCGGCCCGGCGGGACCUGCGGCAGAAGCACGACUGCGCGAGCCAGAUCCACAAGGCGGCCAUGGCCAUCAACAACGGCAUCCUCGCCGAGAUCAAGAUCCCAGAAUCGUACACGCAGACGCUUCCCAAGUGCGGGCGGGCGAGCGUGGGCGACGCCAUCUACCGGGGCAUGUCGUUCCCGGGCAAGUUCUCGCCGGAGUACCUGCUGGACUGCCUGGAGCUGUCGUCGGAGCACGAGGCCCUGGAGGCGGCGGACCGCGUGGAGGCGGCAAUGCACGUGUGGCGGCGCAAGGCGGGGCACGGCCACGCUCGGUCGCCGUGGGGCGCCGUCAAGGACCUCAUGGAGUCGGACAAGAACGUGAUGCUGGCGAGCCGGGCCGAGGACGCCCUGCUCUGCCUCAAGCACCGCUUCCCCGGCCUCUCCCAGACCACGCUCGACGCCAGCAAGAUACAGCACAACAAGGACGUCGGGCAGGCCGUGCUGGAGAGCUACUCCAGGGUGCUGGAGAGCCUGGCGUACACCAUAGUGACAUGUAUAGACGACGUUCUUUUCGCCGACGAGUCGGCGAGGAAGAUCGGAUGAUGAUCAUUCGUUCAUCCUGCCCGGACCUGGACCUGGACCAGAAAACCAAAAUGCUGGUCCAUACACCCGUCCAACAAUAUGUACAUUAUGCCAUAACAUGUAGUGCUAGUACACUAAUGGAAGAUAGCAGCAUGAGCACAGUAGGCUACUCCCCUAGCAUAGCCAUGCUUGGGGCUACAUUCAUUCCAAUCCCAUGGCCCCUCAG